AAAAGGAAAUAGACUAUGGCUGAGGAUGCAGCGCUCAUAUCUUGCAUGAUUGACCUACGGAAUAUGGGCAAUCAUAAUGCCGACACAGGGUUUAAGUCUGGCUACUUGCCAGAACUUGAGAAAAUGCUAUUCGAAAAGCUCCCGAAUAGCGGUAUCAAGGCGAGGCCUCACAUUGAAUCUCGACUGAAGACACUGAAGAGGGAAUGGGCUAUCGUGUAUGAUAUGAUGCUUAACACAUCUGGCUUUGGAUGGGAUUCAACACGGAAGAUGGUCACAGCGGAAGACGAUGUUUGGGAGGCUUAUGUUGCGAGUCACAAAGAAGCCGCUCCAUUUAGACAGAGAAGUUUUCGUCAUUUCGAAGAAUUAUCUAUGAUAAAUGCAAAGGAUCGAGCUACUGGAAAAGAUGCUCAAUCUGUUGAAAAUAUUCUACAAGAGCUUGAUAUUGAAGAUUUGACUGCAGCAGCCGAAGAAGCGGAUGUGAAUCAUUCAAAUCUAAAUGAAUCUGGCAAUGCAAAUACCCCUACAUCAGGAGAUGUUUCCCGUGCUCAUUAG